AUGGACAUGCGGAGUUCCUCCAAUGAGCAAAAUCCUCAGUCUGACAGUACCUCGGUCAUGUGGAAUGGCUUUCGGAUCUUUAACGAUAGCAAAUUCUUCUCAUAUCUCAACAAUACUCAUAAUAAAGAGAUCUAUGCGUUCUGGAAACUUGUAUUGGCUGGACACAAAUGGGAGCUCGUUUAUGCCCAUUUUCACAGCCUCUAUGUCGAUGUCCCGGAUGAGGCGGCACAGAGGCUCAAGGCAUCACUUCAGGCUGUUGAGCAUCGAAUUUGGAGAGAUGCCAUAGAGACUGCACGCAUGUAUUGCAUGGAGACAGCAGCUCAGGGGAGGAUGAGAUGCAUUCGACGUCAUGUUACCAAUUACAAGUACCUUGGGGAGCCAGAGACAUGGGUAGAACAGAUGGAAAACUCAAGUUUCGAGGAUAAAGUUGCACUUAUCCUUUCAGCUCGACGCUUCAACCUUGAUGGUCAAGUAAAUACAAUGCUUAAGGAACAUGCACGGGCACAAUAUCAAGCAGGAUCCACUGCCCUCAGCGAGUUCAACGUCUCUGAAGGGAAUCACUUUGCAUUGAAGGAGUAUCAAUGUGAACCCGACCCCAUCAUGGAGCCCAAAUGGGACGCACUAAAAGAUUGGGAUGCGGCAGACCGCAGGGAUGCUUUCACGCUGAGGGAGAAACAACAACACAAAUAUUUUGGACCCAACAUCGACACAAGAAUGGGAAAGCGGAUACGCCCUGCAGUUGAACAGAUAUCUACUUCUGCUAGCGUCUCUAUCAGCAAUGUGCAAGUUCGCCAACCCAAGAAAAGGAAACGAAAUACAGAAAAUUACGUGACGAGUUGGGAUCCAGCUCCGUCUGAUGACUACAUACCAUGGGAGCCAGUAAUCCCCCAGGAGAGUGCCAAGUUACAGCCAUUCGAACCUCUCCAAGCAACCAGGAGAAGCAAGACCCAACACGACUUUCUGGAUGAAUGGAUUAAUUGCUCGGGGUUGUACCUCUCUGCCCUCCUUGAGCUUGAGUCGCUUCCAUAUGGUCCUAUCCCAUGCGCAUGCAACUCCGGGGAAAAGGGACUCUUCAUGUGUACCAAUUGCUUUACAACACCUCGCUGUUCACAAUGUAUCGUCAUAUCACAUCUUCAAACACCUUUUCACAAGAUUAAGCGAUGGAAUGGAACACAUUUGCAAGGAUCAUCGCUCUCAGACCUUGGCCUCGUCGUGCAGCUUGGUCAUCAUGGCUACCCAUGCCCAAUGCCAGCAGGAGCUCGAAAGCUGUUGGUGCUCCACAUUGAUGGUUUCCACGCUCUCUCAGUUUCCCUCUGUGGUUGCGACUCCUCAACCACACCAGACUUGCAGCUGUUCAAGUCGAGGAUGUUCUCCGCUUCGAUUCAGAACCCCAAAACGGCCUUCACUUUCGACCUUCUUGAACACUUCCGUAUCCUCAAUUUAGAGAGCAAAGGAAGUGCCAACUCUUAUCUCGAGUCUCUUUAUCGCCUGACAGACCUUGAAGGGUUGAGUAAUAUACCAGACCGCGUUCGAGAAUUCCGGCGCAUCUCACGGCAGUGGAGUUAUCUAGUUGCACAGCGAGAUAGUGGCUCCUAUGAAACAAGUCAGAACACAGUCUACCCCUUGAUCAGAUGUCUGGAAUGUCCUGCAUGCCCUCAACCGGGAGUAAAUAUUUUGGAGAAUUGGGCUGAAACCAUGCCAAAUGAUAGACACAUGACAGUCGCAGUCCACUUGACAGAGUGCUGUGGUCGGACGGCGGUUUCUUUGCAAAUCCGGUUCAAUAUAGUGACUAUCUUGCAUCUGGAAAUGGCUCUCGACAAGAGCCAUCGGACUGUUCAAAUUACCGGGCUACUGUCAACUCAUCUCGAAGUCGAUUCAAUAGACUUGAGGUUACUGGCCUUGCUGGCGGUGUAUGCCGACAUGAGUGCAAUUCCUCAAUCCUUCGUCGACCUCCAAAAAGGGGAACGGUAUUUUAAUUCAGACUUUGCAAUUUCCCAGAUCAUCCACAGGAUGAGUGGUAUCAAGGACCUGGUAUUAACCUACGAUAUUGCAUGUCAGUAUCGUCGGAACUUCCAGACUCGCUUCAACAACCUUGCCGCCUUCUUACGCCUCCCACCACAUCUUCGAAUCAUCUUCCUGGUGCCCAAAUUUCACCUUCCAGCUCACAAGGAAGAAUGCCGUUAUCGAUAUUCACUCAACUACUGCAAGAAGGUCGGGCGUACAGAUGGGGAAGCCAUCGAAAGACUGUGGAGUGCCCUUAAUCACUUAUCAGGAAGCACAUCUCGCAUGACGCCUGGAGGAAGAAUGGAUACCCUCAAUUUCCACUUGAACUAUUGGAACUGGCGGAAGACAUGUAAAAUGGGUGCUACACUCUCAAAGAGGUUACAAAAUACCCGGGAAAUGCUAAUUCAGCACCAAACAUUGCUUGCCGAUCUGCGGGCGAGUAUUGGAGAGGCAAGGGCUGCAGAAUGGUCUGAGCUUGAAGAUCAUUACAAUAUAGACCAGGAAGGUCGAUCUAUAUAUCAGACACUAGCAGACCAAGCUCCCACCCGUGCUGAAAUAAUUCAGAAACUUACACGUUUUGAUGCUCUGCUACCACCCCUGGCCCUCGAGAAUGCAGAUGGUUAUCCAGCACUGGCUUUUUGGGUGAAUGACGGCCUCGAUUUGGAGGAAUAUCAGAAGAGGCUAGAGAUACAUUCACAAUCGAUCACAACAGAGCGGCAGCGCAUUGAGCUCAACCAGAAACGUGUCGCAUUAGCCGACAGGAUCAACGACUGGAAAGCGCGUACUCCGCUAGAUAUACAUGACGAGGAAGAUGAGGAGGAUGAUCCCGCGCUCCCUGAGCAAUGGAAGCUUCCCAUCCCUUCAACGCUCCCUCCGAACGAACAACUUGCAAUUCCUCGACAGGUUGAGAAGGAGCUACGAGAAGCGCAAGCGUUUGACUAUUUACGCGCUCUCCGCACUGGACUUGCAGAGGAGAUCGCACUUUUACGUGACAGGGAUCGCCAUCAGCACGGAUAUGACGCGAACUUACGCUCCAGAUCACUGAUAGAGCGCGUUCGUCGAGACAUUAACUUUAAUACGGGCCGGUAUCGUGCUACCUUUGCUGCGCUGGAAGUUCUAGGUGGUGCUCGGAAUCCUGAGCUUAAACCACUCCUACCAGCAGAUGUAUCUGCUGCUAACGUGUUCCGAUACACUCAAGAACUUGGGCGUGGCUUCAAUGUCAACAUCUCGUGGAUCUGGCGUCGGACUGCGGUGGGGACGCACGCAAAUGAUGAUAACUGGCUUGACGAAAUGCUUCGCGUACGAUAUCUGGAGGCCAAAGCAAGUCACGACCGAUGGAGUGAAGAGCUUGAGCUCACUCAUGCCGAGAUUACAUACACUCACAAAACUUUCGAAUUUAGAUGUGAAGAGUGGCUUCAAAGGGCUUUAAACUCAGAGAAACAGGGCGAGAGGGCACAUGCAUAUGCCAUGUCCAGUAUUUACCGCCGUUUGGCUGACGAAAUCACGGUCAUUCAGGUCUAA